AACCCAUUUUUGUUCGAUUUUCGUCAUAUAACUCCGAAAGCUGUGUUACAUAAUAAUCACUGUCGAUAUUGUUGACAUUUUUUGUAGGUUUUCCCCUCAGUUUCAUCCUGAAAAAUCGAAUUUUGAUCAACCUAAAUGUCACUUGUCAGAUUUGUGUAAUGUCAAAACAAAACAACUGUCAAUAGAAAAGAAUGUCCAGUUUAUAAAAAUAUUUCGUGUCAAAACAAUUCUGUGUGAUACUUUUAGAAAUUGCGAAACAGCUGAUUGAUCUCAAAUGUCACAUUUUCUGUUUACAUUUAUGUUUACAUCGGUCAAAUUGGAAUUAAAUUUAAGUAAAUCCCUUUCUAGAUCCAAGUGUUGGGAGUGUGACGUAAUUUUUGUGUAGAUUUUUGAUCAUGGAAAACUUUGGUUACUGUGGUAUCAAGUGAAGUUAUGGAAGGAAUUGAAUGUUCAGGAUUCACAUUUUACAAUGAAUUCGAUUCGGCCAAUUUAGCUAAAGUCGUCUAUGUGCAUCCCAAUGAGUCGGUCAUUCCGGUUCCUAACACUUCUACCAAAUCGACACCUGAAGUUCCAGAUGCGGAAUUUAAUCUCUGGACGAAGCCCGAUUGCUGUGGGACCGAGUAUGAGAACGGGAAUAGGACUUGGUUUUAUUUUGGAAUAAAAGCACAUUCACCAUGCCUUCUAGUACGCCUAAACAUUGUCGAUCUCAAUCGUCAAGGCAAAAUGUACAGCCAAGGUAUGGCACCUGUAUAUCGUAUAAUUCCUGGAAAAAUGCAGUGGGAACGCAUACGUGACAAACCCAUCUAUAACACCGUCGACGAUAUAUUCACUCUCAGUUUUAAAUUUAAAACACCAGAAAAUGUCCAAAGCAUCACGUAUUUUGCUUUCACUUAUCCAUUUUCCUACACUGACCUUCAAAAACUAUUAACAAAUAUAGAUUUAAAAUUCGAAAACUACGUGGCCAACUACGAGGAUGAUAUCUACUACCAUAAGGAAGUAGUUUGUCGUUCUUUGGGUGGCCGUGACAUUCACCUCUUGACUGUUUCCUCCUAUCAUGGAAUUACACCCGAAAUUGAAACCCGUUUGAAAAACCUCUUCCCUGAUAAAAAUUUCCGUCGACCAUUUAAAUUUGUGGGUAAGAAAGUCGUCUUCGUUUCGGCUCGUGUACAUCCGGGGGAAACUCCUUCGAGUUUUGUUUUUAACGGUUUUUUGAAUCUAUUAUUGACUCGUGACGAUCCGGUGGCAAUAAUGUUACGACGGUUGUACGUUUUCAAGAUGAUUCCCUUUUUGAAUCCCGAUGGAGUGGUUCUGGGGCAUUACAGAACGGAUACAAGAGGUGUUAACUUGAAUCGGGUAUAUUUGAAUCCGGUUUUGGCACAACAUCCGGCAGUUUAUGCCGCAAGGGCGUUGAUAAGGUACUAUCAUUUCGGAUACGAGAAAGAGGAUGCCCUGGACAAGUCGCAAGGUGAUGCGACGAUUAGUGUCAAAGUAUCGAAUAUGAGUCUGGAGGAGAAGGAAGGAGGUGUUUGGUGUGCAAAAUGUAAAGUUAAGAUGUGUCGAAGAUGUAGAAGUGCCGAAAUCGUAAAGGAUGAAGAAGAAAACAUCGAAGUGAACGCAAACGAAAGCGGAUUAUUUUUGUACAUAGAUUUACAUGGUCAUGCUUCAAAGAAAGGAAUUUUCAUGUACGGAAAUCAUUUCCAAGAUUUGGAUAGGAAUGUCGACUGUAUGCUUUUGCCGAAGUUAAUGAGUAUGAAUAAUCAUAAUUUUCACUUCACUGCCUGUAAUUUUACCGAAAGGAAUAUGUAUCUCAGGGACCGUCGAGACGGCAUGAGCAGAGAAGGCUCCGGCCGUGUAGCAGUCCUCAAACUCACCGGUUUAACAAAAAGCUAUACUCUUGAAUGUAACUACAACACAGGUCGAAUCGUAAAUGUUCUUCCGCCGACCAUAAAAGAAUCCCACAAUAAAGUCCAUACGAUUUUAGUACCUCCAAAAUACACUCCUCAAAUAUUCGAAGAGGUUGGUAGAUCACUCGGCGCUUCGAUUCUAGACCUCACCGGCCAAAAUCCUUGCUCAAGAAUUCCCAAUUCCGAAUUUCAUUCCAUUUCCGGUUUGAAAGAUUGGCUAAGGAUUUAUUGUGCCAAUGAAAUGGAUGAGACUAGACCUCAUAGUAAAAUUAAGCUGAGAAACCUAGCCGGCCUCCAUAAUCAGGGAAAACCAUCUCAUGGUUUAUUACUGAAAACGAGACCCGUUUCGGCGCCCAAACGUCUGGCGAGUCGUGCUAGACCUGCAACGGUGCCCAUUGAACGCAAAGAAAACAUGGCGGUGAGUUCGGCCGCCGCCAUGUUGGUUUCGCAACCGAGUUGUUCACAUCAUUCCACCAACAACGAUAACGCUAAAACUUUCCGUCUGAAUAAAAUGAAAACGAAAACCAAAUUCAAACGGAACGUCAGCGGUGAAAGAAAAAUCGUUCGAAAACAGAUAAAACCGACAAAGAAAGCAAUGAUCGGUAAAGAAAUGGCCGAAGAAAGGAAGAAAUUGCGCGAGAUUUGUAUUGAGACGAAAAGCGAAGAAAAAUUAUGGAAGGACGAGGCGGGGCCGAGCAGAGGAGCCACUUUUAUUGUGCAUAAUUUUGCGAAAAAUUCCACUUUUGUCAAGUGUAAGUUUAAAAAGCACUCGUUGAGGAGGUUGACGAAAAGUACACCGGAUGCAGGUAAGGUCGACAAAGUGAAGAAAAGGAAGAAACUCAAGUCGAAAUAGACACAUUUUUUGUUUGUAAAUUGGUGGUUUAUAAAGUGAUAUUUUUGUGAU